CUGGGCCUCUCCACCCACCUCCAGGCACGCUGUUGCCUCCGGUGCCUGGGUUCUGGCCUUCAGCACAGCUCCAGCUCCCAGGCAGCAAAGAUUCAAUAGCACCGGCUUGGGGAGUGCACUCCAGCAGCGCUCUGGGCAGUGCAGCCCUGUGAGAAGCAGCAGCACGGCAGAUGGGAAGCAUUUUGCUCAGCACCAGCAGGGGCUCGAUGCUGCUUGUGCUUCCUGCCCCCAGGACGUACACGUCCCACUCCUCAGGGAACAAGCGAAAUCUCAGGGAUUUCAUUCCUGCUCCAGGGUCUCCUGGCUCUGGCUCAGCUUCCAUGUUGGUCUGGUCAACAUGGGAAGUGGCACAGUUUAACCAAACAGCUGAACCCAACUACGUCUCAGAACUGGAGAGGCGAGCCGAGGCUGCUUUAGUGUUCAGAAAUAUAUGGGGGGGAAGAGGGAAACCCUCUACAUGGGAUAUUAUGGGAGAGAAGAACAAAAUGCAGAACUCUAUACAGGAGAGGCAGUGCUGGCUUUGAGCCAGAAACAUCACAUCUGGGACCCAGGUGGAAGUGAGGAGCAAGGAAACCCAGUGGAGUGAGAGCUGUCAGUGCGCCGCACACACAGCCCUCCUGCUGCCCCAGACCAUAGGGCUGCAGGCAGCCCUCCCUCCUGCCAGGCUGGUUUCCCAUAGAAAGCAACAUUUGUGCCUCAAAUUGGGUAUGGGAGCUUCUCCCAAUCCCCUCUGUCUCUAGAUAUAUGCAACUGAGUUCCAGCUCCAAACCAACACCUGGCCAGGGCUCUGGUGCUUGGAAAUGGAUUGGAGGUCUCUGGAGCAGAGCCCCUGAACCUAGGGCCCUUCCUGCUGCUGGGCUCAUCCCACCCAGCUCCUCUCCCCCUUUAAAUAAGGCAGCAACAGCCCUCAGGCAGCUUGUGUUAAAUUAAACCACCACAGCUGGCAGCUUCCUGCAGGACAGCUCACCAGUCAGGUGUGGAUGUCUCCAGCGGGGUGUUUGGAGACAGCACAGCACUGAUGGGACUUCGUGUUUCCCCCGUAAAGAUUGCACCCCACAGGACUGAGCACGGCUGCAUUUCCUUGGAGCCGGGAAUCCCUAUUCAUGAGCAACAUUGGCAUUUGCUGUGCCUUGUGCUGAGCAGCCGCCCAUACCAAUGGGAGCACACGGAGACCAGGGGUGCUGGCUCUGUGCUGUUUGCAUGGGAAACAUUCCCUGCUGCAUGUAAACUUGAUUUCCAGCUAAUUGAUUACAGUUGGCCUCCAUUCCUGUUACCCUAAGCAACCUCAUCAAUGUGCUCAGAGCAACCUCAUUCCUUCCAGCUGCUGCGGGCAGGAGGCUGGCAGGGCCAGGCAGCUGCUCGCCAGCCCCGCUCCACUGCUUUUCCUCCAGCUCAGCUUUCCACUGGCACAGCCCUGCACUGAACAUGCCCAGGGCCCUGGGCUGCCCACAGCCCCACUCACCCACCCUGAGAGGUUCCCCACCACAGGCAUGCAGAGCACAAUGCUCUGAGAUCACUCAGGGAAGGAGGGCUGUACUUAGAUGCACACUACUUGCAACAGCCUCUGGAAGAGGUCUGGGUGAGCAUCGGCAUGGAGGUGCCGUGCAAUUUCUAGCAGUCACAGCAGUGAAUUCACAGCUGCCUUCAAUUGUAUGGGUUUUGGUGCAGGCUGAAGCUGAGCACAGAGGUGCUGCCCAGCAAUGAGAGGCCAACAGCCUGUGGCAGUGGCAGCAGCCUCUGAGCCCUGGGUGCAAACCACGCCGCCCCAGUCUUCAGCAGCAUCACAUAGGCAUCAGAGCAGCUGUUUUUUGUGCAGCACAUGGGAAAGCAUCUCUCUUAUCAGCUGGGCACAUCCCUAGGAGAAGGGAGGCUGCAUCGCACACCCCAGGAGGCACAGCCUGCCCACUGCUCUGCUCCACGCAGGUGCCCAGGCAGCCAGGGUCGCACACCCAUACAAUAUGGGAGCUUCUCUGAGCUCUGCCUGCAGCCCAGAUGCCGUCAGCUGGUGCCAAAAUAAGCAGCAUAGCUUUGGAACAGAUACUCUCCCUCCCCUCUUGCUUUGAGAGACGUGGAAUUGAGAACAGCCCCCAGAGCUCAGCCAGCUCACAGCCCUGACGCUGCACACAGCCAUAGGAUCCAGCUCACGCCUCCUCAAGGCUUCAUUCUGUUUUUUAGAGAGCAUUUGAUGCACCCAGCGUGAGUUUAAGUAAGACACAGGUGGCUGCACUAUGGGCCUGAGCAGCAGACACAUGGAGUGCUGGAGCAUACCAGGAGCUCCAAAAUAAAAGGUGCUGCCUUAAAAGAAAAAAAAAAAAAAAAAAAAGGCAGCUUGCUUCUCAUGGAUAAAACCAGUUGCCAAGGGAAGCUCAUCCCCAGAGCACAGCCCUGCAUCACACAAGGGUUCAUGAAUACCCACAUGCUGCAGGCCACGUCGCUCCAGCGCCCAGGAAAGGAGCAGAGCCGUGUCACCAGCUGUCACCUCGCAGGCAGUGUCACAGAGGCUGGGGCACCUGGAGAGGCUCAGGUCAUGGGAGCAGCCCAGAUUCCCACCGAGUGGAAGCAGCGCCACACCAGGCAGAUAAAACCUCACUCUCUCCAAGCAGAUGUGCUAGAUGCAGGGCCACUGAACAGCGAUAAGCCCAGGACCUCUCACAGCCAAACCACGCACGUCCCCUGUGUGGCAGGGAGCCAUGCCUGAACGCAGCACUGACAGCAGUGUGCGCCGUGAGCAUGGGGGCUGUGGUUGUGCUGGGGGCUGUGCAGGCAGCCAGGCCUGCUCACAGCUUCUGGGAGAUAGACUGUUAUCUCGAGUUCACAUCUGACAGCUUCCAUCCCGUGCUUGCCUAAGAAGGUAAUGCAGGCAGCCAGCAGGAAUCAGAGCAGGGCUUGGCCACAGGUGCAAGGUACGGCUGAGGCAUCCUCCGUCACACCCACAUCACCCCAUGUCCCUGCUGUUUCCCAAUCCAAAACCCAACCGCUCAUUUCUCUGCUCACGAGGACACACCAAUGGCAGCUCCAGGAGUACAUCACCAGUGGGCCAGGGGCUGCAGUUCCCAUUCCACCUCCCAGCUUUGCUGUGGUGGUGCCCGCAGAGUCAAGGCAGCCCUCUGGCCUCGAGCCCAUCUUGAGCUCCCUCAGACCUGGCACGAACGAGCUGUGACCCUGAGAACAGCCGUACUUUGUGCUCUCUGCUGAAUUAUAUUUUAAACGCCGUUCUCCAAGACCAUUUCCAAAGCAAUUUGCUGUUUGGCCUAGCUAGGAAGGGCCCUGAGCAGAUUCGUUUCAGCGCCUGCAAUAUUGACUCUUCUCUUUACUGCGGCGUUUGUCAUCUCUUAAAAUGAAUAACUUUACCUCUCCUGGGAAGGGGGAGAAACAGCCUCAGUGCUGAUACCUCAUACACCCAGCCCACAGACCUGCUUCAAAUCUCAGAUGAUGCUCUGGGAAAGAAACUGGGGGCUUCUGCUGCUUUGCUUUGUUGGGAGCAAGGCUCUCUCUGCACCUGCUCCACCCCAUGCCCUGAGCUCACUGGGCCCCUUUCGGUGCACUCUCAACACCCCCAGUGCCACACGGUCCUUGGGUUCUGGUGGGGAUGAGCAGAAGGCAGCACCAGAGCAGGGCCCCCCCUCAGCACCAGCCUGCAGGCCCAGGGCUCGCCAUGCAGGGGGAGGAGAGCCAGAAGGUGUUUUCACCUCUGCUAGGUACAGUAGCACGGCACCGACAUGUAACGCAAUGCUUACUGCAGUCCUGACUCACACCCCUUAGGAACAAGUCAGUGCCUCUGCUCUCAAGCCAGAAGAGUUCUUAAAAAAGAAAAUCCUCCAAAUCCCCCUAUAAAGUCACAGAAAAAGCCACCCAGCACCCCUGGGAUGAGAACUUUGAAGUUCAGAGCUGCCAACUCAUCACUGGGAGACCAACAAGCAGGGCCCUCCGGCAUCCCAGAGACCACAGCACAUUUAACCAUGACGUCUGCCUGUUUCUGUCUCAGUCUCCUGAGCUCUCAGAGGUGCUUUCAGGCCUUUCUCAGAAAACCCAGAAACCAAGAAUGCUUUCCUGGGGGAAUUGCAGUUUUCAUUAAUGGAAACCUGUGUCUCUGGGAACCAAAGCCAGAGGAAGAAACACCAACCACUACAUGACUUGGAACAAGAGAGCUGUAAGCACCAUCAGCAAUAGCCUUUCUGAGGGAGCAGACCGCCCAACACACAAACUAUUACAGAGAUAUUAUCUGACUGCUUCUAAAGCUCCCUUACCAGGAGAGGAGCUGCUGUGCUGCCAGGAGACCCAGCCUGGUGAGCACACUCAGCCCCACAAAGACACGCACCCAGCAGCCACCUCACCCAUCUCCUGCUACACGCACCUGUCUCUCCUUUCUCUGGGGGGAUCAGCACAGACAGACCGCACAGCUUAGCAGCAGAAACGCACAUGGCGCCCAACGCAAACUCACCGGACUCGGUAGAACACGGUCAUGGAGCACGUUGGAGCCAUCAGGAGAGAAAUGCUGGUCGCAGUGGGCAGAAGCAAGGUGCCUCCUGCAGUGAAUGCUGGGAAGGACCAGCUGGUCACUAUGAGCCCACCCCCAAGGACAGCUGGUGCACACCUGGGGCCGUUAGGGGUGGGCUAAUCCAGGCUGUAAUUAAUGAGGCCCUUCCCCCACCCCUCGUCAGGCACAGGAGAGAAACAGCUGCUUCCACCUGGGGCAGGAGGGGGACUGCACCAGUCCCCAGUACUGUUACCAGGGGCCCCCGCUGAGCUCAGUACAUGGCAUAGAAGCACCCCAACCAUGUGGACACGUGUGGCAAUGCCACCUCUGUGAUGUGUGUGUGCCUGUGUCCUGAAGCUUGGUUGCAUAGGCUGACUGCUCACAUGCAGCCAGGAUGGAGUCGUUUACUUGAGCCUUCUGUAACAAACCCUGACCCUGCCAGCACCUGGAGCCUCCCCCUGCAGGAUGGGUGGCCCUUGGCUCUGUGGGGCUCACUGCUCACUCCAUUCCAUUCUCAGUUGUUUGUUGGUUUGGUUUGGUUUUUUGGCAUGCAGCAGGAGUUGGUAAGAGCCUUUUCCUCUCUGCCCCAGCAUAAUGAUGGGAACCAUUUCAUGAAGAGUAACAGCUUUGAGUUACAGAGGGGGCGAAGCAGAGUAAAUUAGGCAUAUUAAGAAUAGCAAAUUGUUUCAUACGAGUGAAAUCAGAAGCUGGCUGGGACUAGGCAGGAGUGUUAGGAAGGUGCAGCUGUGAGGGCAGGUAACGACUCACACCUGCUGCUAGCUUUGGUCAUCACUCAGGACUACCACAACCACCACGGGCAUGGAUCUGCCACACAGCAGAGGCAGCAUGCUGUACGUCAGCUGGCUGAUGCUGGGGAAGGUGCUGCUCUCUGCAUCCUCCUGCCUCCCCAGCCCUCUGCUCUCAUCGCUGUGCACCUCGGUUGUGUUGAGUUUGCUCAGAGCAUGGCAGCAGCCUCAGCAGUUGCUUAUGUAAUGAAAUCCUUCCUGAAACAUUAACUGUUUCUCGUCCAGAGUUGCUCUACUUCACACAGAGGCAGUGCUGCCAGGUAUCGGCCAUUUGGAGCUCUGUUGCUGCUCUUUUCCUGGCUGUGCAGUGUCCACUUAGUACAAAGCUGCUCGUCUAUCUGUCCUUGGCCUCUGCUGAGAGUGAGCUGUGCACAGGCAGCUUGCUGCCAGCCCGGAGCUGUGGAGUUUGCAGAGCAAGCCCAGCUCGUUGCAUGCAAAUGGCCAGAUAAGUUGCUGCCUGCAAGCAGGAACCACUUUAUGGAAAGCAGCAGAGCCCUUCUCAAAGCACCCCAAGCCCCCGCAGCACACUUGCAGGGCUGGGUCCGCACGGGGCUGCCGCUGGCUGUCAUGCUGCCAAAACCAAGCCUAGCUCUCACCGCUGGGAAAAUCCAGCUUGUCCCUAUUCAUGUUGCAUACCAAAGGGUUCCCAUUUCCUCUCUGCUGCCUUUUGGCAUUGACGAUUUUUUGGUGCUCCUGUGUGGAGCCAGGAGUUGGACUCGAUAAUCCUUAUGGGACCCUUCCAUCUCAGGAUGUUCUGUGAAGAUCUCACCUACAGCAACUGCCCUCCCGUUUGCCAAGUCCAAAGCCCAGUGACCUGAACCUCAACCCUCCUGCACAUUGCCACUCAUGCCACCAUGAGGACUUGGGGGAUGUUUCUGCUCAAAUGUUUCUCUAAAGCAAGGAACUCAGCACCCAAUGGCCAGGAGGAGACAGAUCCCUGCCCUGCUGGAGCUGCCCAAGUCCAGUGCUGAGCUUCCUCAUCCCAGGCAGCGGCAGGUCAGCUGGGCAGGUGACAUCAAGGAAACAGAGAUCAGCCAAUUUUGCUGGCCGACUCCCUGCGGUGAAAGCUGAGCUGAGACUGAGCAAACAAAGGCCCUGGAUUCAGCAUUUAUUAGAUGAAACAGGCCAGAUCCUCCUGCACAGCCCUCUUUGGAGCAGCCCUGCCCAGCCCUGCAGCUGCAGCGUGUUUGCAGGUCACCUCCCCACUAAUGCUCCCCAGCCCUCCUGGAGGACAGCGUGGAGUUACAAUCCUGUUUGGAUUUGUGUGCUGCCAGAGCCGCAUCCCGCCCUGCCUGCCGGCCCUGCAGCGGGCGCACUGCCUGCCAGCCUCCAGCACCGCUCUCGUUGCUCUCGGCCCAUUUCACCUCACUCUGUUUUGCUCCUUCCACUCUCAGGACGUGUGUUAUCUCUGGUCUAGAUGGAGAAUCAAAAGGGGAUGCUGUCUCAGUCCUGUUCAUCCCAAAAGCAGGAUGCUGUGGCUCUCAGUACCAACUUGCCUUUCUACAGCCUCUGUGUCCAUGCAGAGAAGCUGUGAUCCUCCUUUCCAGUCCUUGGAAAGCUACCUAAUUUGGUGGCUAAACAUCCUCAGGGUGAGAUGCUGCCUGGUGCCCUCUCUCAGACCCAGCUGGUGCAUAACAAACCCAUGCUCUCUUCUCUUCCCAGCUCAGUGUUGGAUGUGCUCUGAGAUACCCCAGUCCCAGCAGCCCUCUGCCUCCAGGUGCCAUGCGGUGCUUGGGAGUAGCUUGUUCUCGAGUGUAAGUGCCCAAAUCCUUUGUGUUGCCGGUAGUAGUUACUUGAAUAGGGAUUUCCCCUGCUCUGAGAACCCAAUUCCUUUGAAACGCCAUGAUGUUCCCUGCUGUUCCAGCUGGGUGCCUGCAGUGGGAAGCUGAGUGCUCACAUCUGCAGCAAAAAUCUUCCUGUUGGAGCACGAACUUCUGCAGCACCGGCACUUUGGGCCCACAGUUUCAGGAGCUGCUCAAGUAGCUGCCAGCAGGGAACAAGCCACAGAGGAGACUGCGUUAUGCUCAUUAAGUUACCAUACUGCAAACCCGUGCCAAAAAUCUGCUGGCAGCGCUACCAGCCACUGCUGAGACCUGCCAGUGCUUUCCAGAGCCUGGGAUGCUGACAGACCACGGCGUGGCAGCAUCGGGCCUGGGGCACUGCAGGCACUGCAGGCACAGUCUCAGCCCUUCGAGGGGGCCCAUGAGAACUCUGCCCCCACCUCAGCCUCUCCCACACCAAGCUCCAGCUGGAGGCCACAUAGGUAGACUUACAUGACUUACAAGGUAUUAAUGCUUCGUGGCUCAUCCCCUUGCUUGCAGCUUCUAAACUGGCUUUGGAGAAGUCCUAAAGGAGUAAGGGAGAUAAAAACAGAACUUUUAUUUUCCACUCUGGCCUUUGAAAUAGCAGGAGUGCCCAGAUCGUGCCCUUCCUGGGGCCCACAGCGGAGGUGGCCGGGGAUAAAUGGCUCACACAGGCAAACCCACACCUCUGUGGAGCGUGUCUUUCUCCAAAACAUUAGUCAGUUAUUAAAGCAGCAGGAAAAGAGCCUCCCUUGUCCCUACCUCUGCUUCAGUUUUACUCUCUGUUUGACAUAACCAGGUCACUCUUUCCACACUUCCCCAGCCUCACUGGGAACCGAUUACUGAUCGAGAUGGACGUGACUCACUGCCUUUUUUAAUGAGCAAUUUUCCUAUGUUUAUGUGCUUUGGCAGAGACUUUCUUAUACCUAAAAAAGGAGAAGGGUGGCAUUGGGGAGAAGGCAGGGUACAUUGCUGGCAUCUAUAUCCAGUCUGCGUGAGAUGUUUCUCACCCUCUCCUUGGAUUCCAGCCAGUUGGGAAGUUACUGCUUUUGAACACGAAAAAAGGCAUCACUAAUCUUCCACAAGCUAAUCUGGAUGAAACGCUGCCCAGGCCCACAGGUAGGCUGCCUAAGCCCUUGACAACUAAUUGGAGCUAAUUAGGUUAGAAGAUUUUUGUGUUAAUAUCUGUUUAGGCUGUGCCUGGGGGCCCCAUGGUAAUAAGCAUCGUACAAACCCAGGGCAGCCUUACCCACGGAGGUUUGCCAGUAGGAGAUUGUCCAGGCCACAGCAGGGUGAGUUGGGUUUUCCUUCUCUCUUGCACAGACUCAGGCUCAUCGGACAGGUGCCCCACUCACGUGGUGUUUGCUUGUGUUUUGCAGUGACUAAGCGGAGGAAGCACUUGCUAUCCUUGCACUACCGGGCCAGACAAUCCUUCCCUCGGCUGCAGAUCCCACUGGAUCCCUUCCCAUAAUGGAGGUGUGAGUGCCAAGAUCCUCCAUGACCUCCAGAAGCCACAACUCCUUGCCGAGAACUCUGAUGGCUCCACGAAUGCUUUCCGAAGGUGCUCUGGGGGGCAUUGCCCAAAUCACCCCCUCGCUGUACCUGAGCCGGGGCAGCGUCGCCUCCAACCGGCACCUGCUCCUGUCCCGAGGGAUCACCUGCAUAAUCAACGCAACCAUCGAGAUCCCCAACUUCAAUUGGCCCCAGUUUGAAUAUGUCAAAGUGCCUUUGGCUGACAUGCCCAACGCCCCCAUCUCCUUGUACUUCGACAGCGUUGCCGACAAGAUCAACAGCGUGGCACGGAAGCACGGGGCCACCUUAGUCCACUGCGCGGCCGGCGUGAGCAGGUCAGCCACCCUGUGCAUCGCCUACCUGAUGAAGUACCAUAAGGUGUCCCUCUUCGAGGCAUACAACUGGGUCAAAUCAAGGCGCCCUGUUAUACGCCCCAACGUGGGCUUCUGGAGGCAACUGAUAGACUACGAGAGGAAGCUGUUUGGGAAGACAACGGUUAAAAUGGUACAGACACCAUAUGGCAUCAUCCCAGACGUUUACGAGAGAGAGAGGAGACCCCUGAUGCCUUACUGGGGAAUUUAAUGUGACUGCAGACGGGAAGCACAGCAGAAGGGACAUGCUGUUCCAAGUCGACCAGACUGGAGAUGUUCCCUUCUCUUUCUACAGCCAACUUUGGUUCUUUACCAUACAGCAGAACCUCAACUAAUUUUCACCUCACUAACCCGCAAGGCCAACAGUUCCCUUCGAAGCAUUUCUCUCUACAGGGAUUCCCCCAUCCCAUUUUUCUCUGAUUUAGCAGAAUGAGAUCUUCUUAUAAGUUUAUUCCUUUCAUAAAGCCUCCCUCUCUUUUUAGUCAGUUUAUUAGUAUCCUAUGAGGAAAGGCCUACGAGGCGUUCGGCAGAAUUAAUGAACAAAGUGCGCUUUGUGAUGCGGUAGCCUGGAUAUUUCUUUAAUAGCUUGUUUGCUUCCUUGCAGAAUCCUGUAGUGGUUUGGGAGCAGCACUGGCACCACAGGAAGUCCAGCUCUAACAGCAUGGCUUCCAGGAGCAGGGAGGAGGUAGUGCAGGGUUGUGUUGCUAGUGCUGGUGUUUUCUUUAACAUCUGUAGUGACUCUCAGUAUAUAGUGUUUGAGAUCUUUAGUCAGCUCUUAAUCUGUAUUAAAAGUCAAAAAGAAUGAAGUCAGUCCGUGUCAGGCACAAGUGAAAUAAAAUUUGACUGAUUGGAAUCAAGUAAAUACCAAGCCCUUCUUCACUCAUUCCAUGCCAGGGCAAUAGUCCUGGAAUACACCGACACUUCUGAAAAGUACGGCUGGUGUUCCGUGGGUGGAAAGGAAACACAAUUUGUGAACGUGUGGCUCAAAGCAGCAGCAGGAGGUUAACCCUUCCCUUCCCACCACACAGCCAAGGGGAUGUUUAGGAAACGCUGUGUGCGUGGCCACCUUCCUAAAGGGCUGAGUUGCAUUUCCUAACAUUCAGACAAGCAGUGGACUGGAAGUAGGUACACCCACUGGAGUACUUUGCUCUAGAUACGGUCGUGAUCUGCCUUAGCCCAUUUCUCAAACACUUCAUUAUGUCCUCAAGGUUAUGUUGCAUUCUAGAAUUGUUCUGCACAAAAAGGCGAUCUGUUUCACCUCCGGACGGGGAUGGCGGUACGGAAAAGGCUUUGCCUCGCUCUGUUCGUGAUGAGAAAGAUUCCAACUGGAGACAUGGAGAAACCUGUCUGUGGCACAGCUGCUGCCUCCUGGGCACCGCUGCCCUCCCCGCAGAUGGAGCAAGACCUUCCUGUCCUCUGCUGCAUCCCUGCCGGAUGAGUACGCAGAUUGCUGGAUGCUGAGAUAGCUAUCUGAUUUAAAUGAGAUUCUAUACUUGUAAAAAAAAAAUCAAUAAAGAGUAAACUAGAACAUG